UCCGGGUCGGUUGGCCUGCCUCGAAGUCACACGCCUGACCCGAAGACUGACAGAUCUACCCGCGGUCCCCACAGCUCACAGCCCGGCGUGACUGUCCAUGCGUCCGGCGCUCGCUCAUCUCGCGUGUGUCCGCUGGAGAGUCGGGUUUUAGGGCCGUCUGGGUCUCCCGGCACUUCUCACUGUACCACUGUACCGGUAGCGGUGGAUUAUCCGAUGUGUUGUUAUCAGACCAGAGCAGGUGAGGGACAGAAUCAGGUCCAUUUCUGCUCAUCACACAUCAGAGCCUGUAUGCGUGUCGCCCAUGGGUAUUCAUUAUUUACUUCCUGGAUGACUGGCAGAAUGAGGAUGAACUCUGGACUGCCUCUCGGGAUGACAAAAGGCUGCUGGAUGGUAAAUGUCAGCCGGCAGUGCUCUCACGGAUCCGUUGGGUUAUUCGUACCACCGAGUCCUCCUCCGGACCCUGAGAAAGUCAAAGAGUUACAACGCUUCAUCAGCCUUUCCAAGAGACUCCUGGUGAUGACUGGGGCAGGAAUCUCCACCGAGUCGGGGAUCCCGGACUACAGGUCAGAAAAGGUGGGACUUUAUGCCCGCACUGACCGGCGACCCAUCCAGCACAGGGAUUUUGUCCGGAGUGCACCCAUCCGCCAGCGAUACUGGGCGAGAAACUUUGUGGGCUGGCCCCAGUUCUCCUCCCACCAGCCUAACCCUGCACACUGGGCUCUGAGCAACUGGGAGAGACUCGGAAAGCUGUACUGGUUGGUGACCCAAAAUGUGGAUGCCUUGCACAGUAAGGCGGGGAGUCGGCGCCUGACCGAACUCCACGGAUGCAUGCACAGGGUCCUCUGCUUGGAUUGUGGUGAACAGAUACCACGUGGGGUGCUGCAGGAGCGCUUUGAGGUCCUGAACCCCACCUGGAGUGUGGAGGCCCAUGGCGUGGCUCCCGAUGGUGACGUCUUUCUCACCGACGAGCAGGUUCAGAGCUUUCAGGUGGCAUCCUGUGCUCGAUGUGGGGGCCCUCUGAAACCAGAUGUUGUUUUCUUUGGGGACACAGUGAACCAUGACAAGGUGGACUUCGUGCACAGGCGUGUAAAGGAAGCCGACUCCCUCUUGGUGGUGGGAUCGUCCCUGCAGGUGUACUCUGGCUAUAGGUUUAUCCUCACUGCCCGGGAGAAGAAGCUCCCAAUCGCUAUACUGAAUAUUGGACCCACACGGUCAGACAACCUGGCCUGCCUGAAACUCGAUUCACGCUGCGGAGAGUUGCUGCCUUUGAUUGACCCGCACUGACCACAGCCUGAUGCUCCUGAACCAGCAACUGGGCUUUCACUUGAAUCCUGGGGCUAAAGAAGGAUAAUGUACCGACGUCGUAACAAAGUUUAAGGGAGGCACAUCUCACACAGCUGUGUGAACACCCAAUCAUCAUGCUUAUGAACCGGAAAAGGAUCGCCAAUCACUUUUUAAACAGACUUUUAAUGAGCAGUUUUAGAUUCACAGCAAAUGGAACAGAAAGCAGGAGUUCUUAUGUACCCACUGUCCCCUCUACUCACAUGGUAUUCAUAUUUACCUCUGGAGGGACAUCUUAUUUGCUCCCAAGUUUUUGGCCUUAUGAAUAAAGCUGCUAUAAACAUGUGUGUGCAGGGUUUUGUGUAGAUGUGUUUUCACAAACUCAUUUGGGUAAAUACCAAGGAGUGAGAUUUGCUGGAAUAUGUGAGAUAAAAGCAUGUCGAGUUUUGUAAGAAACUACCAGAGUUCCUGAGUGGCUGCACUUUUCCUACCAGCAAUGAAUGAGAGUUCUGGUACAAGCACUGUUAAAAAACAUCU